UUCAGAUCACUCCAUCUUUAAGUAGAAGUACAAUCGUUUGAUUGCACAGAUAUAUCUUGUCUAUAUUAAUUACUAUCUGACAUGUUUUAUUGCUACUGAAGCCACCAGAGAUGAGAGAAGCAGCUAUGAGUUCACCAGCAGGAAGAAGUGGACUUAUAGUUUUCCUUCUCUUGAUGCCAGUGGCUCAGGGUCUGGAUGUCUGGAGAGUGACGUACACUCCUGAUCACAUCUGUGCCUUAGACGGAUCAGCAGUGGACAUAUCCUGCACCUACACAUACCCAUCAACAGGAAAUGACAGAGUUGAGGAAAUAAUCUGGUUCACCAAGGUAUUUUCCACUGACGCCGUGGAUCUGAGAAGAGACUCAGACUACACAGGUCGUGUUCAGUAUUACUGCAAACCAAACAGCUGCACUGUGAGAAAAACAAGCUUGAGAAAGAGCAACUCAGCUGAGUACAAGUUCAGGAUCAUAACAAACUAUGGAAGUUUUACUGGCUCACCUGGAGUCACUCUGUAUGUUACAGGUAAUGUUCUGAAUGUGCCCUCUGUGUCAGUGAGUCUCUCUGCUGAAAUCAUGGAGGGAAGUUCAGUGACUCUGACCUGCAGCAGUGAUGCGAACCCAGCAGCUAACUACACCUGGUAUAAGGAGAACGAAGACUCACCAAAAGCAUCAGGACCGACCUUCACCAUCACUGACUUUACAGCUGAACACAAUGGGAAUUAUCACUGUGAAGCUCAGAACACCAGAGGACGUUACAGAUUCACUUUGCAGUCCAGCCUGAAGGAGGCCGGAGGGAGUGGAGAGAUCAGCCUGAUGGGGAAGUGUUCCACCAGGAGGAACCUGAAGGAACCUUCCUCAUCAAACAUCUGA